CGCACCCCAAGACUCAGGAAUGCAAUUUAACUGAAUAUACAUUCAUUAUGUGGUAAUCUGUAGAGCCGUUUUUAACAUCGCGAACGGCCUGGACCAGCCGCAAGCUUACUCCUCUGAGUGCUUGAAAAGUUGGAGAAUAUGGCAGCCUCCACCCGGUGACGAGGUAUAAAAGCAGGCCGAAUCUCCCACCCGGAGAGCCAUCACCAUCACCAGAUCAUCAAUCCUUCAAACUACACUUGAACUCUCUUCACGCCUAGUCAACAGCGAGCCUUUGUUCAGUCCCCCUUCCGCGACAAUGAAAUCCGCUGGCGCAAUUCUUGCUCUCGCUGCUGUUGCAGCCUCUAACCCUCUUCCAUCUCCACAAAACGCUCCCUCCGGUCACGAAAUCGAAAUUACAGGAAUUACAUACGGAGGAACUGGUUGUCCCGAUCAGACUGUGCAAGGUCUUCUGACGGAUGACAAGAAGACCAUUACUCUGUCGUUUGACGCGUACACCGUGCAGUCCGGACCGCAGAUUCCAGCAACAGAGCGCAGGAAGUUCUGCCAGUUGCAGCUGAAGUUGAAGUAUCCUGCCGGCUUUCAGUUCUCGAUUUUCUCCGCGGACUACAGAGGAUAUGCCAGUCUGGAGAAGGGUGUUAAGGGCACCACGCAGAGUACAUACUACUUCUCCGGUAGCCAGGAUCAGACAGUCCUCCCCACGACCUUUGAAGGCCCAAUGGAAGGCAACUAUCUGAAGCAUGACGAAAUCGAUGCUGCUUCUACAGUCUGGUCUCCCUGCGGCGAGAACGGCAUGCUCAACAUUAAAUCGGAGGUCCGCAUUGUCCCAAUGUCUUCGACUGGCCUGAAUCUGCUCACUGUCGACACCGUGGACGGCAAGUUCACUCAGAGAUACUACACUCAGUGGCAGAAGUGCACGCCUAAGAACGGGGGCAAUGGCAAUGGAAACGGAAACGGAAACGGAAACGGAGGUUUGAGGCCCCCGCAGUUUGACCCGGAUAAUCUGGGACGCGAGGUUGACUUGUCAGGUAGACCCAUUCAGUCGUGAGGGAAAGGUGGAGCGGGAUGGUGAGUGAGAGCUGAUCCGAACUGUUUAUAUUUUGGCAGU